AUGCUGAUCCCAUUUUCAAAGAAUUGCUUAAAGUCAUUUUGUAACUUCAAGGUCCCAGCAACUGGCUUUAAGAACACAAUAAAAAGAGGGCUCAUUUUACAGUCAGUUUCCAAUGAUAUCUACCAAAACCUGGCUGUGGAAGAUUGGAUCCAUGAUCACGUGAACCUAGAAAGCAAGCCGAUUCUGUUCUUUUGGAGAAAUUCUCCCUCUGUUGUAAUUGGUAGGCAUCAAAACCCUUGGCAGGAAUGUAACCUGACUCUGAUGAGAGAAAAAGGUGUCAAACUGGCUCGGAGAAAAAGUGGAGGAGGCACAGUUUACCAUGACCUGGGCAAUAUCAACUUGACUUUUUUUACAACCAGAAAAAUGUAUAAUCGGAUGGAAAAUCUGAAGUUAGUUGUGAGAGCUCUGAAUGCUGUCCAACCCCAGCUGGAUGUGCAGCCUACCAAAAGGUUUGACCUUUUACUUGACGGACAGUUUAAAAUCUCUGGAACAGCUUCUAAGAUUGGCCGGACUACUGCUUAUCACCACUGCACUUUGUUAUAUCGUACUGAUGCGACCCUCUUGUCGUCUUUGCUCAAGACCCCUUACCAAGGGAUCAGGAGCCAUGCAACUGCUAGCAUACCUGCCUUAGUGAAAGGUCUGGUGGAAAAAGACCCCACUCUGACCUGUGAAAUCCUGACAGACGCUAUUGUGGCAGAGUACGCUGCUUGUCAUCACAUUGAGAAUCACAUCAACUUGAUAAACCCAACAGAUGAGACACAGUUUCCUGGAAUAAAUAGCAAAGCCCAAGAACUGCAAACCUGGGAAUGGAUCUAUGGCAAAACUCCGAAGUUCAGUAUACAAACCUCCUUCAAUGUGUUACAUGAACAGUCCCUCUUGGAAAUUAAAGUUCUCAUAGAUGUGAAGAAUGGGAGAAUUGAAACCUGUCACAUUGAAGCACCUGAUCAUUGGUUGCCACGGGAAAUAUGUGACAAAUUAAACUCAACUUUUAUUGGCAGUAAGUUCUGCCCUAUUGAAACUACUAUGCUAACAAAUAUGUCACAUGGGACAAGUCUGGAAGACGAUGAAGUACACAGUAAAUGGAAUAUUGUCUGUGAAAAAAUUAAGGGAAUUAUGUGA